GUCAAACGUGCUGACGAUUGCGCCACGCAGUCCCACAUCAUGGAUGAUCAACAACGCUCUCCGAAAUGAUCUGAAGCAUUGUCGGUCAUGUUCGGUGGCGUUUCGGGUACCUUUUGGUAGCGAUUCCGAGCGCCACUGAACUGGCCCUGGUCGAAAAGUAGUCAGUGAUAUCAAUCAAUAGCAGCAACAAAUUAAAGUCUCUAGUUGUUAAAAAUGAUGAUUACUUGCAGACUUGCAUGAUGUUUGUAUAUCUUGAGCAGUGAAUCAUACUUUUGAGAGUAAUGUGUGUGAUUGUGUUGUGUAAUGGUGUUAGAAUUGCUAGUCUAUAUUGAGAGGAUUUCUGUUUAUUUCAUUCCCUGCAAUGUAUCUAGUUUUGAUGUUCUUAACUUGACAGGUUUCCUUCUACUCUUGGUCCUACAGGUAACACGCUGCUGCAGCUAAACCAUUGCCACACCCAGUAUACUCGACCUUGUUGAAAAGCAGCCAUAACGGCCGAACAAGCCAUCGAGAUUAGAUAAAGGCCUUGACUGGACUGGACUGCUACAAAUUUUCUACAUUGCACCAAGAAGUGGAGAAAAACCAUGGAGAAAGACAGCAAUACAGAGCCUGGAAGUCUGAAAAAUAGAAAUGUGGACCUUCAUGAUGCACACCGUGAUAGUUUGGAACGAUCGGUGGCUGACUCGGUCAAGGACAGGAAAGGCAAUGUGGUUCAAAUCCAGGACUUUGGAGAAGCAUCCCAUCCAAUUCAGGCACAACCAGAUCAGGCUGCACUCCCCACAUCCCAGUGGAAGAACCAGGGUGACAGCACAAAUAGCACACUGAGCACAUCUCGUGUGCCCCCACUCAGUUAUAGUGGCAAAGAAGUCAGUCGCACCCCCAAAAAGAAGUUUGAAGAAUUUAGGAAGGUAGUUAUGGCGGAGGGAAACUCAGAAGCCAAACAAUUUAUCUGUGCUGUAGCUGAUUUCCUUGGCGAGAUAGAGCAAGAAAAGGACUACAAGUACAAUCUACUUGUCCUCCAGAAUGGUCUGCUCAUCUCAUUAUGUGAGGUUACCAAGGAUAAAAACUAUCGAUCCAGAGUUAUGAUCGAGCAGAGGAGCAGGGAAAACGGCAUGUUUUGGCUCUAUGCUACGCUAUCUGAGGACAAUGUGGUCACAUACAAGAAAGGCCGUGAGUUUAGGAUCAUGUAUCCAGCACUGGGAAGAGGAGCCGAGGGUACUGUGUACACAGCAAUGGAUAACGGAGGCUCUGGUGUGUUUGCGGUCAAGCAGAUGUCAUUGAAAGCCUUUUGUGAAAAGAAGACAAAUCUAUCAGCCUUCCUGCGCCUGGCUGGAUGUGAGCAUAUCUGCAGCCCGUAUGGAGUUCUCCUUGAUGAAGAAGAGAAGUGUGUAUUCUUUCUGAUGGAGAAGCUGAAGGGAGAAACUCUCAAGCGUUUCUUUGACAGAGGGGAACGGAUUGGUGUGCGAAAAGCCGUGGGAUAUGCUGUUCAAUUCAUGAAAGCCCUGCGAUACAUCCACAGCAAGAGGAUGGUGUACACUGAUGUGAAAGCAAGCAACGUGAUCCUUGAUGGUAGUGAUGCUAUUGCCAUUGACAUCACAGGUGUCAAGAGUCCUAGCAAUAAGCAGUACUACUAUUAUUCGCUACUUGACGCAAUAAAUGCGAUAUCACUCUUAAAUAAGAUGCUGCUGGAGCCCGGGGAAAGAAAUUCUGAAACAUCUCAGUCAUGGAAACCCUCUGCUGCUGACAGAAAGAGAUUUGUAAGUAAUUAA